UUCAGCAGUAGUAAAGUCUCGUUACGGACAGCCCCUUUUCAGAACAAGCAUCGACCGAAAAGUUGAUGGGUGAAGUCUAUCAACAUGCAGUAAAACGGUUCUUUUUUGUUGUUGCUGCUGUUUUGGGGCUAUAAGAGCGCGCGGAAAGCCGAAGCUCAUAUUUUAGGACGUCUGUUUGUGAAAUGAAACGCCUGAGAAAUGUCAGUGGAAAUGCUACAUCCAAACUCUAUGCCUCCGUAGGUUUGUCACUGACCCGAAUAUAUACGUUUUUGUUGAGCUGUUGAGAGACUCGACCCGUGUCAGAGCCCAGCGAUGUGGAUCUGCAUGGUUUAUAAUGAGACGGACGCCAGCGUGGACUUCCGGCUCUGCCAGGACUAUGGCCUCAUCCUGUCGGUCUUCUCCCUCAUCUACCUCCUUGUGUGCUUCCCACUGGGGCUGUGCUACAAUAUGCUGCUGGUCGUGGUCAACCUCUCAAACAAAGUCUCCAUGACCAUGCCAGAUGUUUAUUUCGUCAAUAUGGCCAUCGCGGGCCUUGUGCUCAACCUGGUGGCUCCCAUGGAGCUGCUGAGCUCCACCUUCACCCGCUGGCAUGUGUGGGAGUACAACAACGAGAUCUACAUCACCCUGCUCAUCCUCUUCAACAUCUCCUCUCUGGUCAUCAUGUAUUCCACCACGCUGCUCAGUCUGGACUACUAUAUAGAGCGGGCGUUGCCUCGUACAUACAUGUCCAGUGUGUAUAACACCAAACAUGUGUGUGGUUUCAUCUGGGGCGGUGCGGUGCUCACUAGCUUCUCUUCACUGCUCUUCUAUGUGUGCAACCACAUCUCCACUAAGAUGGUCGAGUGCUCCAAAAUGCAGAAUAAGGAGGCCGCCGACGCCAUCAUGAUGUUCAUCGGCUACGUGGUUCCAGCUGUGGCUGUUUUUUAUGCCUUUGUGCUUAUUUUGCGCAUUAGGAAGGAGUCAACACCUCUGGAUCAGGACUCUGCUCGCUUAGACCCUUCUAUCCACAGACUGCUGCUAGCCUCAGUCUGUGUACAGUUUGUACUGUGGACCCCAUACUAUAUGACCCUGUUGGUACACACUGUAGCUGGUGCACCAGGGUACAUUAGUAACGUACAUUACUUACCUACCUAUUAUUUUUUAAGAUGUGUGUCAAAACUGCUGGCUUUCUCUAGCAGCUUUGUGAUGCCACUCAUGUAUAGGCAGAUGAACAAAAACUUCUCCAACAAGCUUCAGCGGCUGCUCAGGAGGCUGCACUGCGGGGAGCAGUCUUGCCCUCACGAACGCUCAACAAUGCAACAAGUGGUGACGUGAGAUUACCGACCCUGGGAGAAACCCCCCCCCCCCACAGAGCCAGUAUCUGACUGGGUUCCCUCGCUGUUCUGGACUGUGUUAAGAGUGACAUAGCUAACUGUGGAAUUUCCUGUCACCUUCCACAUCUGAUCUAUACAGUUCUGCAUUGGGAGGACAAACCAAGCAAAAACCACUAAGUGCUAUUAUUUUUUUUGUUGUCAAAGUGAAGCUCUCCCCUGAGGCAAUUGGGCUUCUAAUUUGAGGACAGUAAAUUGGCACAAGCAACUGAUAACUACCCAUUGUGCAGUGUUUUAUCUGAGUCGCAAACGAAAAAUAUCCUGUUAGCAAGCACUACACAUUGCUGUGUAUGUUCCCUCCCUGAUAUGGGUGUGUAUUCUGCUGAAUAUCAGCAACCCACCAUUUCUAAGGAACUCGCAUUGUGUGAACAUAAGUGUUUACUGCCCUCAAACUAGUGGGCCUUGAUCACUUGAAUGAAUGACAGUUCCAUCUCUUCAGAGCUGAAUUAUCCUUUUUUUCCAUUUUACUUAAAUGUGCUUAGAGUGAUUUUGUUAUUAUCACAGUAAAUAAUCUUCACGUUUUAAAGGCGGACACAAUUAGUUGUCUCUUACAGAAAUUGUAGCUUCAUUUCAAAAGCUAUUUUCUUUCUUGAUACCAGUACUACCCUGUAGCUUUGACGUUGGCACUGGUGUAUAGAGGUAUUGUCUUUUAUAGAUUGAGUUCUGAAGUUUUGAUCCACUUGCAGGCAUAAAGAGAUUAAAUCUUGCAUACAGUACAUGAAGCUCCACAACUAUUAAUUUACAUGAACACAACAUUGAAGUCAUACAGAACUACAUGAAAAUGUUUAUAUUAAGCUUGUAUUCAGGGUUCAGACAUAACCGGUAUACCUCUUGUGAUCGCUGCUGAAAUCACUUUAGCCAUAAGAAGUUCAAAUCAACUCAUUAAACAUCAACUCUUAAUCAGA